UUCAAAUCAUUAAUUAAUCAAUAUUAAGUACUAGCAAGAAAAAGUUUAAAGCUUCACUAAAUUACAUAAUAAACCAAAUAAAAAUCUAACAUUCCACCACGUAAUUGUAUAUAUGCACUGCAGUAAAUAUGUACUAACGUAGUAUAAACAAACUUAUUAAUUUUUAAGCGCAAUACAAACCUUGAAAUCAAUAGAAAAAAAAACAAAAUAACCACAACAAAAAUUACCCACCAGCAACAACAAUAAAUAUAACCAUCAUGUCCGAAACGCAAGACAACAAUGGCGAUCAGCAGUCGCUGCAGGAUGAAGCUGGCGGUAGUGAAAAUAAAAUGAAGUCACGCCUACGUAAGGGCGCCCUCAAGAAGAAGAACGUGUUUGCAGUAAAGGAUCAUUUCUUCAUACCACGCUUCUUCAAGCAGCCAACAUUCUGUUCACAUUGCAAGGAUUUCAUAUGGGGCUUUGGCAAACAAGGAUUUCAAUGUCAAGUUUGUUCGUAUGUUGUGCACAAGCGCUGUCAUGAAUAUGUCACAUUCAUAUGUCCGGGCAAGGAUAAAGGAAUCGAUUCCGAUUCACCACAAACAGUACAUCAUUUCGAACCAUUCACAUUUGGUGGGCCAACUUUUUGCGACCACUGUGGUUCGCUACUCUACGGCAUCUAUCAUCAGGGUCUCAAAUGCUCAGCAUGUGACAUGAACGUUCAUGCCCGCUGUAAGGAGAAUGUGCCGAGCUUAUGUGGUUGCGAUCAUACUGAACGUCGCGGACGCAUCAAUUUGGAAUUGAAUGUGAAGGAGAAUUUGCUGACGGUGCAAAUCAAAGAAGGCCGCAAUCUCAUUCCAAUGGAUCCAAAUGGUCUCAGCGAUCCAUAUGUCAAAGUCAAACUGAUUCCAGACGAGCAUGAAAAGUCAAAGAAAAAGACGCGUACAAUUAAGGCAUGUCUGAAUCCUGUGUGGAAUGAAACCAUCAAAUAUGAUCUCAAACCUGAAGAUAAAGAUCGCCGCGUACUCAUCGAGGUCUGGGAUUGGGAUCGUACAUCGCGCAAUGAUUUCAUGGGCGCGUUGUCCUUUGGCAUAUCUGAAAUUAUUAAGAACCCCGCGGAUGGCUGGUUCAAAUUGCUCACACAAGAGGAAGGUGAAUACUAUAAUGUGCCAUGCGCUGAUGCCACACAGGAUCUGCUUAAACUCAAGAGUCAAAUGCGGAAAUCAUCACAAAAGAAACCGCUGGUGAUGCGCAGCGAUACAAAUGCACAGACACCAUCCAAAAAGGAUAUGAUACGUGCGACGGAUUUCAAUUUCAUCAAAGUGCUGGGCAAGGGUUCAUUUGGCAAGGUCAUGCUGGCCGAACGCAAAGGCACAGAGGAACUCUACGCCAUUAAAAUACUCAAAAAGGAUGUCAUCAUACAGGACGAUGAUGUCGAGUGUACAAUGAUUGAGAAGCGUGUGCUGGCGUUAGGCGAGAAGCCGCCAUUCCUGGUGCAGCUGCACUCGUGCUUCCAAACACUAGACCGGCUCUUCUUUGUUAUGGAGUACGUCAAUGGUGGCGAUUUGAUGUUUCAAAUACAACAAUUCGGAAAAUUCAAGGAGCCAGUGGCUGUCUUUUACGCCGCUGAAAUUGCCGCCGGUCUCUUCUAUCUGCACAGCAAAGGCAUUUUAUAUCGUGAUUUGAAAUUGGACAAUGUCCUUUUGGAUGCCGAUGGUCAUGUUAAAAUUGCCGACUUUGGCAUGUGUAAGGAGAAUAUUAUUGGCGAUAAGACAACAAAGACAUUUUGCGGCACACCCGACUACAUAGCACCCGAGAUCAUCCUGUAUCAACCCUAUGGCAAAUCCGUGGAUUGGUGGGCCUACGGCGUGCUGCUCUACGAGAUGCUGGUUGGCCAGCCGCCCUUCGACGGUGAAGAUGAGGAAGAAUUGUUUGCUGCUAUCACCGAUCACAAUGUCUCCUAUCCGAAGAGUUUGAGCAAAGAGGCCAAAGAGGCAUGCAAAGGGAUACACGCCUUCAUCGUCCUUUUCGCAAGGAAAAUAAAUUUCAAGGUGAUGAGCAACUUAGCUUUGGAUAAGGCCGCCGUCAACGUCCUCACAGAAGUGAAGUAUCUGGGUUUUAUCCUGAACUCGAAAU